AUGGCUCGCGACCAGCUGCGGCGGGCCGUCAUCAUCGCGGUUGGCUCGGAGUUGCUCACGCCGGAUCGGCUGGAUACCAAUUCGCUGUUCCUGACGCAGCGGCUCAACGAGCUGGGCGUGUCUGUGCGCUGCAAGCUGGUGAUUGGCGACGACCCCGCCGACAUAGGUGCGGCACUGCUGCUGGCGAUUCCAAAGGCGGACAUCGUGGUCAUCACGGGCGGACUCGGCCCGACGGAGGACGACGUUACCCGCGAGGCCGUGGCAGCGGCGCUCGGAUUGCCGCUGGAAGAGGACGCAGAGGUUGCGGCCGCCAUUCGCUCGCGAUUCGCGGCCCGCGGGCUUCCGAUGCCGGCUACCAACCGCCGGCAGGCGCUCAUUCCCAAGGGCGCUGCCGUGCUGCCCAACCCGAACGGCACUGCUCCGGGCCUCUGGAUCGAGCGGCCGGAGGUCGUAUGCGUGGUCCUGCCCGGCCCGCCGCGGGAGCUGCACGGCAUGUUCGAUGCGGCCGCCCGGAGCAGGCUUGCACCGGCUGCCGGCCGGCGGGGCAUCUUCCGGCGCGUAGUGCACGUGACCGGCCGCACGGAGUCCUACGUGGACGAGGCGGCGUCGCCUGUCUAUUCGCGCUGGCGGUCGGCCCCGGUCCCGAUUGCGACGAGCAUCCUGGCGUCGCUCGGCCAGAUCGAGCUGCAUCUCGCGGCGCGCGCCGCCACGCCGGAGGAUGCAGCGCGCGCGCUGGAUGCGGCGACCGGUGAGCUGGAAGCGGUGCUCGGCCGGGAUCUGGUGAGCAGUGACGGCGCCUCUCUCGAGGAGGUCGUCGGACGUCUGUUGCGCGCGCGCGGGCAGCGCGUCGCGGUUGCCGAGUCGUGCACCGGAGGACUGAUCGCCUCGCGGCUCACGGAUGUUCCCGGCAGUUCGGCCUACGUCCACGGCGGCUGGGUGGCGUACGACAACGCGGCCAAGACGGCGCAACUCGGCGUGGAUCGCGGAUGA